CUCAAAAACUAACAUCAAGCUUUCUCUCACUCGAUGGACUACUCAAAGCCUGAUCAGAGUAAAUAUAUACUUAUCAUGUCCUUAGCUGCAAAAUGCAGCGGCGUCUCAGACUCCCGCCUCAUCAUCACUCUCACCGCCAUCGCUAUUCUGCUGCUUCUCUGCACCGCUCUCCUCUACUGGGCCUCCGCUGGCGGCCCAGCUUGGGGAAAAUACUACCGGAACUGGCCCAAAUCGCACAAAAGCAGAAUCCCAGGCCCCAGUGGCUAGACCGCGAAUCCAACGAUGAACCAAGCAAUAGGGCCGUCAAGAACUGUCAGCGCCCACCGGAAACUAGCAGAUGGCGGAGCCCACAGCUUCAACGCCACGAGGCUGAUGGCCCUCAGCCUCGGCGGCACGCGCGUCGUGAUCACGUGCGACCCCGACGUCGCGCGUGAGAUCCUCAACGGCCGGUCGUUCGCCGACCGAGCGGUGAAGGAGUCCGCAUAUGGGCUCACGUUCCACAGAGCCAUCGGGUUCGCGCCUCACGGCACGUACUGGCGGGCUCUGAGGCGGAUCGCGUCAAGCCAUCUGUUCAGCCCGAAGCAAAUCACAACAUCUGGGCCUCAUCGAGCCCAGAUAGCGGCCCAAAUGGUAAGGUCACUCGCGGUUAACGAAACAAGCGUUAGGGUGAGAGAGGUGAUAAAGAGAGGAUCGUUGCAUAACGUGAUGUGGUCGGUUUUUGGGAAGAGGUAUGAUGAGAUUGAUGAGGAGGUUAAGGAGUUGAUGAGUUUGGUUGAUGAAGGGUACGAGAUUUUGGGCAUGCUAAAUUGGUCCGACCAUCUGCCGGGUCUGGGUUGGGUGGAUCCGCAGAGGAUCCGGUCUAGGUGUGGUAGGCUCGUGCCCAGAGUGAACCGGUUCGUUGGAAAUAUUGUUGAGGAGCACAGAAGGGUGCGGGGUAGCGAGCUGCUGCCGCCGAAUGCCGAUUUUGUUGAUGUUCUGUUGUCGCUGCGGGGGAGUGAGAGCUUAUCUGACGCUGACAUGGUUGCUAUCCCUCUGGGUGAAAUGAUAUUUCGGGGAACGGAUACCGUAGCCGUAUUAAUAGAAUGGACUCUGGCCCGGUUAGUCCUACACCAAGAUGUACAAGUCAAAGUCCACGAGGAACUGGACCGGGUCGUUGGUGGGGCCAGGGCCGUAACGGAAUCCGACUCCGCUUCUCUCCUCUAUCUACAAGCCGUGCUCAAAGAAGCUCUCCGCCUACACCCACCGGGCCCACUCCUCUCGUGGGCCCGUCUUGCCACGGAGGAUGUACUCGUGGAUGGGAAGCUAGUGCCAGCUGGCACGACCGCGAUGGUCAACAUGUGGGCCAUCACGCACGACCCACACGUCUGGGAGGCCCCCCUUGAGUUCAGACCCGAGAGAUUCCUAGGGCUUGACGGGUCGGAGUUUUCUGUUUUCGGGUCUGAUCUGAGGCUGGCCCCGUUCGGGUCAGGUAGGCGAAGUUGCCCUGGGAAAACGCUGGCCAUGGCUACUGUUACAUUCUGGAUGGCGGCGUUGCUGCACGAGUACAGGUGGUUGCCCGCGACGAGCAGUAGUAUUAUUGACCUAGCAGAGGUCUUGAGGCUGUCGUGUGAGAUGGCGAACCCGCUUACCGUUAAUCUCCUUCCUCGUCACCAACAAAACUAUGAAAAUUAUAUAUAAAACACAUCGCGCGUCUUAAUUAGGAUCUUUAAUUUGUUGCUUGAAAAUGUAUAAUUAAUACUGUGAUCUCUUUGUUUACAGUUUAAUUGUUUAUAAGCUGCGUUUUUUUUUUUAAUUAUUAAGAGCACUUGUGUAGGUGUUAAUGAGAUUAAUGUACUAUAAUAUAGGAAAGCUGAGCAAGUUAUGCAGGUAGAAGUGUGUAAUAUAUAUGUACAUGUGUAGGAAAUAAUGCAGUUAAUGAGAAAAGG